UGACCUAUAAUCGAGUCAUAAAGGCGGAGCUUACAAGGAAAGUGAGUCGAAGCAGACAGUUUAGAGGUGUGCGGUACACCUCUCCAUGUCUAGAACACUCUAACGAAGUCUGAAUGGGCAGUCUAUCUGCGCGGUAAAAUCCUCAAGCUCACUCUUCUCUCAUCAUUCGAACAUUGGUGUGGGGGCGAGCUUCCUGACUAGUCUGAUCGACCAAUGGCCUGUUCCACUAUGAUGUACGACGCCUUCCCUGGCAAACGAGACAUGCAACUAGCAAAUCCCUAUUACUACCAUGCGGACAACUCUCAAGUCGAUGCACAGAUGAAGAACGGAUUUCGGUACGGUUCGCCGGAUGCCAGAUGGAUUCCUCCGCCGUUCGGUGCGACGACUUCGCAGCCUCAGUUGUACAACUGUCCGUCACAGGCCGGAUACUUCCCGCCCGUCUGUCCUGUCGGAUCACCCGACAGUCAACAGCAUAGUCCGAGACAGCUGUCACCGUCACUGUCGGCCAAUGAUCAAUUCGGCUAUCCGUCAACCCAGCAGAGUCUACACGGUCCGUCAUCGUCGUCUCCGCGACAUCAUGCGCAUCGCUAUGCGCCCUACGUUUUCGGUGACCGUCAACCCUAUUUUCCUUCCUGUUCGAGAGAGCAGAGAGUGCCCAACGGACUAACGAGUCCCGACACGACGAUUGCUACAUCGGAACCGUUCUCUUUCACUCUGCCCAACAUGAGAUCGACGAGCGAGUGUACAAAACCUCCCACCAACCCUCUGAUGAAUCUCUCGGAAGCCUCGCAAAAGCAGCAGCUGCGUUGCAACGGAGACACCUACUCGCACCGCUUUCAGUCGCACGAGGAUAUCACCCGGGAUGACGACCUAUUUGGUUGUCCUCGUGCAGAGCACUCGCUGCAGCCGUUCGAUCAGCAGCAAUGCACAUUUGGGGACGAGCUUGGCAGCCAGAGUUGCGGGUCAUCGUCAAGCGGAGCGCCGAGUCCCGAUCGCAAGCGCGACGUCCAUCCGUCUGACGUCUUCUGCUGUGUUCCCGGGCGCCUCUCGCUUCUCAGCUCGACGUCAAAGUACAAGGUGACAGUCGGAGAGGUCACGCGUCGCCUCUCAGCGCCCGAAUGUCUGAACGCGUCGCUUCUUGGCGGCGUUUUGCGAAGAGCGAAAUCCAAAAAUGGCGGGACGGCUCUGAGGCAACGCCUGGAAACCAUCGGCCUGUCUCUCCCGCCUGGAAGACGAAAGGCGGCCAGCGUGUCCCUCCUGACGUCUCUUGUCGAAGGUGAGGCGAUACAUUUGGCUAGAGACUUCCACCAAGUGUGUCAGACUUCAUUUCCUGCUGCUGAGCUGGCUACUGCUGCUAACAGGCAGCAUCAAGGCGACGAUGAGUUCAUGCAGAAGAGAAGAGAGACCAUCAAGUCGGCCAUAAGUGUAAUGUCCGAACUACAUGAGAUGAUCAGUGGCAGUUGCUCCUUCAGUGCCGAAGAAUACAACCCAGAAAUGGCCGCCACGCCAGGACUCAACUACUUUGGUCUGAUCACUCAUGGAUUCGGACCCGCGACGAUCAAUGCGUCGCUGGCUGCCGUUCUACAGUAUCUUCAUGAACUGCAAGCUACCACGAGGAGUGGAAGCUGUUCGAGUGACAGUGGGGUCUCUAUGGAUGAGGACGCCAAGAGCGAUACAUCUGUAAACCGGAAAUGCUCAUCUAAGAGGAGAUGAACAGCAAGAAAACUUAGUUGAAACUGAUUUAGAUCAUUCCACAUCCUUAGCUAUCAUUCCUAAGCUUUGCUUGCCCAGCAAUCCCUGCUCUGUACAAAUUGCCUUUUUAAUUAUCAGAUAUUGCACUAGACAGGGCUUGGUCACAUGACCUUCCAACCAUUCAACUGACAUUAGAGUAUCUUAAUAAUUAAAACCGUAGUAUGUUUCAUUGUUCAAACUUUUAAUGUGCUGUUUAAGAACCAACAGGAGUAAUACAGUAGA